AUGACGGACUUCAAGCCAUUCACCGCCUACAUUGUUGAUGCUUGCAGGACUGCUGGCGGCAAGCGAAACGGCCGGCUUUCAGGCUACCAUCCUGCAGAGCUCGGUGCCACGGUCUGCGAUGCUUUGAUCGAGCGCACCAAGGUGAAGGCAGCGGAGGUGGAAGACGUCAUCUUCGGCUGUGUCAGCCAGGUUGGUGCGCAGUCUGGCAACAUUGGGCGUGGUGUUGUGCUUUCCUCUCGACACUUGCCAGAGAGUGUACCUGGCCAGUCCGUCGACAGGCAGUGUGGCUCCUCACAGCAGGCCAUCCAUGCAGCCGCGCAGGCGGUGAUGAGUGGUGUGCACGACUGCUGCAUCGCUGGCGGCGUGGAGGUCAUGUCACAGGUUCCAAUCGGUGCUUCUAUCAUUGAUGGUCUCAAGGCCGGGCACGGCAAUCCCAUGAGCGAUGCCACCAUGGAGAAAUAUGCCGAGAAAAUGAAGGCCUUCGAGCAGUUUCAGAUGUCCUCGCAGGCUUUCUCUCAAUUUGGAGGUGCAGAGCUUUUGGCGAAAAAGUAUGGACUGAGCCGUGAGGAUGUGGACAAGUUCGCGGCUAUCUCGCAGCAAAGAGCAGUGACGUCUACGCAGGCUGGCAAGUUUGCGGACGAGAUCGUCCCUCUACCAGUCAAGCGAAAGGAAGGCCAAUCCGAAGGCAUGCAUACCCAGGAUGAGGGCAUCAGGGAAGGCGUGACAGUGGAGAGCGUGGCAAAGCUCAAGGCAAUGUUUCCGAAUGGUGUCCUUACCCCUGCAUCCUCGUCACAAAUCUGCGACGGUGCUGCUGCCGUAUUGAUUUGCAACGAGCGUGGACUAGCAAAACUCGGUGUCCAGCCGUUGGCAAGGAUACAUUCGUUGGCUCUCGCCGCAGCUGAUCCCGUGAUAAUGCUGGAAGCGCCGAUCCCAGCAACACAGAAGGCCUUGCAGAAGGCCAACAUGAAGAUUCAGGACGUGGACGUUUAUGAGGUCAACGAAGCCUUCGCAUCAGUGCCGCUAGCAUGGUGCAAGGCGCUGGGUGCUGACUUCCAGAAGCUGAAUGUGAACGGGGGGGCCAUGGCACUGGGCCAUCCGCUUGGAGGAACUGGUGCCAAGUUGAUGACGACCCUGGUGCAUGAACUGCGGCGUCGGCAGGGCCGAUUUGGGCUGCUCGCCAUCUGCGAGGGUGGUGGAACAGCCAAUGCGACAAUCGCAAGUGCCCUACGUGUGACGAACAUGCCGGGUGAGAGACAGAUGCAAUGCCCGUACCUGACUUUCACCUCGAACUGUUUGUAUCCUGUACAGCAUUGCAUCCGUCAAGUUGUGGGUCAAGUUGGGAGGGUGGUAAAGGGUAGUGAAUUGUUUGCCAACAUGAUCUUGGCACCUUUUUUGUCGAGGUUCAUGUGUAUGUGUGCUGGCUAUGGAGCUCCAGCUGAGACGCCUGUGGACAAGCAAGUUCCACCUGCAAAGGCAAAGACAGGCCUUUCCGACCCAAAGGCACCGACGCUGCUUCAAAAGCAAAGCCGUCGAGAGGUCCACAUCGACAAGACGACGACCAUCCCCCUGGAACUGUAUUGGGAACUCAUCCGGGCCGGCGAGCGGGCCAAGGAGAGGGGGCAGCACCAGCUGACGAAGGGCACCAGGCACGUCGGCAUGCACCUCAUCAUGAGUACUUGA